AUGACGCUGUUAGCCAUGGCGGAGACAAGGAGCAAUACGAGAAGGGAGAAGAAUCAAGUGACCUGUCGAGCGCAUCUGCUGCUGUGGGGAGAGAAGAGCAAGCCGUUUGUCAUGACGGGAGGUCGAAAUGAGAUGAAACAAGCGCAGGUCGAUUUCUUGAGAGGGUUUUCAGAUUGUCUUACAUCUCCAAAGAAAAGUGACAUCGAGCCGCGGUCUCCGAUCUGUGAAGCAUGCAGGAAUGCUUUCUACGUCUUAGGGGAGGAAAACAGGGCCCUUCUUGCAACAGGAAGCGAGGAUCUGCAGAGGGUUGAGCAAGGAGGAAGGAUGGGCAGCGAAAGAGCAGAUGAAGGAGAGAUGAGAGUGUCAGCAGCAAGGUUGAUCAUCUACCUCCGUGAGCUCAUGCAUGUCGAGAGUCAAUGCCAGAGGGUCAUGCAAACUGCAUCUGGGAACACGAUGGGGUCGGAGGUGUUGCGGGUGUUGAGAUCUUGUCACAACACACUAGAGGAACUUUCGUUGCGAUUCUCCAUCAUAGUCUCCCACAUCAUGGUAGCAAACAGGGUUACACAGGUGGGACAGACUCUACAGUACAACCAGCAGUGUCUGUCUUGCAGGAUGGAGGCUGUGCGGUGA